AUGUCUCCGGAGAGGAAGAACGAGCCCCUGGGUGGGACUGAGCAGCCGCUGUCCCAACCCGCGCACUCUCUCCAUUUUGAAACUGUCAUUCAUGAACUUUCAGUCAGUUCCGAUGAAGGCCUCACAUCCGCAGAAGUGAAGAAGCGCCUGGACCAAUAUGGUCCUAAUGAACUGGAAGGAGGCGAAGGUGUUUCGAUGAUUAAAAUUGUGAUCAGACAGAUUGCUAAUGCAAUGAUGCUGGUACUUAUUAUUGCCAUGGCUGUCAGCUUCGGUAUCGAAUCCUGGAUUGAAGGAGGUGUGAUCGCUGCCGUCAUUGGCCUCAAUAUUGUGGUUGGUGUAUACCAAGACUAUGCGGCAGAGAAAACGAUGGAUUCUUUGCGAUCUCUAAGCUCCCCAACUGGAGUUGCAACUCGAGAUGGUAAAACAACCACUGUUCCCGCAACCGAGAUUGUCCCUGGAGACAUGGUCGAACUUAAAGUGGGCGACACAGUCCCCGCCGAUGUGAGACUCGUUGAUGCCAUGAAUUUUGAGACCGACGAAGCCCUCUUGACGGGAGAGUCUCUACCUGUCCAGAAGGAAGUUGAUUCAGUAUUUGACCCUGACACUGGCCCCGGGGACCGUCUGAAUAUCGCCUACAGCUCAUCUACAGUCACACGGGGUCGUGCCCGUGGUGUCGUCGUUGGCACUGGAAUGCGAACUGAGAUCGGCGCUAUUGCAGCCGCUCUCCGCGCAGGCGAUUCAAAACGACGGCCAGUCAAGCGUGGUCCCCAGGGUGAGACAAAAAAGCGCUGGUAUGUGCAGGCCUGGACUUUGACUUGCACCGAUGCGGUUGGAAGGUUCCUGGGGAUCAAUGUUGGAACCCCAUUGCAACGCAAAUUAUCAAAGCUAGCACUUUUGCUUUUUGCUAUCGCAGUAGUUUUUGCUAUCAUUGUCGAAGGCGCCAACGGCAUGCGGAAUGACAAGGAGGUCAUUAUCUAUGCAGUGGCAACCGGCUUAGCAAUGAUUCCUGCUUGUCUAGUUGUGGUCUUGACUAUUACUAUGGCUGUAGGAACCAAACAAAUGGUUGAAAGAAAUGUCAUUGUCCGAAAGCUUGACUCCUUGGAAGCUCUCGGCGCUGUGACUAACAUUUGCUCAGACAAGACUGGAACACUUACCCAGGGGCGAAUGGUGGCCAAGAGAGCAUGGAUCCCAUCCCUGGGUACCUACUCCGUAGGAGAGUCGAGUGAUCCCCUGAACCCCUAUGAGGGCGACCUGAGUUUGUUGCCUGUUCCUCCCGUGGAACUCGAGCGUAAGGCACUUAGAGAGCCGACAAAACCCGAAGAGCUUCUGAAAGACAACAAAAUUCUGGAAGAAUAUCUCAAUGUUGCCUCGAUGGCGAAUCUUGCCCAUGUUCACAAGUCUGAAGCUGAUGAGUGGCACGCUCGUGGAGAGCCCACGGACAUUGCAAUUCAAGUCUUUGCUUCUCGCUUUGAUUGGGGUCGUGAACGCUGGACUAAAGGCGAGAAGCCUGUUUGGCGCCAGAGAGCUGAGUAUCCCUUUGAUUCCACUGUUAAGAAGAUGUCAGUUAUUUUCGCUAGCGCCGAUCGGGAGAUGAUUUUCACCAAAGGCGCUGUGGAACGAGUGAUCGAGUCGUGCUCGUCCAUUGUCUGGAAGCCUGGUUCUUCUCCUAUUGCCAUGGAUGAGAACAUCAAGAACGACAUCUUGCAGAAUAUGGAGGCACUUGCGAAAGAAGGCCUGCGCGUCCUUUGUCUUGCUUGCCGGGAGAAUACAGUGCCUGUUAAAGGGGAAGAAGUUCCUCCUCGCGAGGAAGUGGAAAAAGAUCUUACUUUCUGCGGGUUGAUCGGUCUUUAUGACCCACCUCGCCCGGAAACGGCCGGGGCAAUUGAGGAGUGCUAUCGUGCUGGUAUCUCCGUUCACAUGGUCACUGGCGAUCACCCUGGUACUGCACGCGCCAUCGCAGCCCAGGUGGGCAUCAUUCCGACUGACAUGGACCGACUCUCGAAGGACGUAGCAGAUGCGAUGGUCAUGACUGCGAGUCAGUUCGACAAGCUGACCGACGGAGAGAUUGACAAUCUGCCUACUCUUCCGCUGGUCAUUGCUCGCUGUGCUCCUAACACGAAGGUCCGGAUGAUUGAUGCUUUGCACCGUCGUGGAAAGUACGCGGCCAUGACGGGUGAUGGCGUAAACGACUCCCCCUCUUUGAAACGAGCUAAUGUCGGUAUUGCCAUGGGCCAGGCUGGCUCUGAUGUCGCCAAAGAUGCUUCCGAAUUGGUUUUGACAGAUGAUAACUUUGCCUCUAUUAUUAAUGGGAUCGAGGAAGGCCGCCGGAUCUUCGACAAUAUCCAGAAAUUCGUCUUACAUCUGCUGGCGGAAAAUGUUGGACUAGCACUCACCCUUCUUAUUGGUCUAGCUUUCAAGGAUGAAAACGGACAGUCGGUCUUCCCCAUUGCGCCUGUAGAAAUCCUGUGGAUUAUUAUGAUCACUUCUGGUCUUCCUGAUAUGGGUUUGGGAAUGGAAAUCUCCGCCUCAGAUAUUAUGGACCGCCCACCUCAAAGUAAACAAGGUAUUUUCACCUGGGAGGUCAUUGUGGACACACUUGUCUACGGUGUCUGGAUGGCGGCCCUCUGUCUGUCCUCUUUCUCCCUAGUCAUGUUCGGAUGGGGCCAUGGCGACUUAGCAUAUGGCUGUAACAGCGAUGCCACUGAUGCAUGUCGCACUGUUUACCGUGCUCGUGGGACCACUUUCGUCUGCAUGACAUGGUUCGCGCUUUUCCUGGCUUGGGAGCUAAUCGACAUGCGCCGGAGUUUCUUCCGUAUGCAGCCAAACUCGAAGCGCUACUUCACCCAAUGGAUGUUUGACGUUUGGCGCAACAAGUUCCUUUUCUUCGGUAUUAUGAUUGGAUUUGUUACCACCUUUCCCAUCCUUUAUAUCCCUGUCAUAAAUACCGUGGUCUUCAAACAUAGGCCUAUCUCAUGGGAAUGGGGCGUUGUGAUUGUGGAAGCCAUUCUAUUUUUUCUUGGAGUUGAGUCUUGGAAAUGGGCUAAACGAAUUUAUUUCCGGCGCCAGGCAUACCAGGACAAGAACAAACACGAGAGGGUGUUCCCGGGGGGACUGGAGCCGGUAUACCACAAUGAGCCGGUCUGA